AGCGGAAGCUGACGAUCGAUCACCUGGAUCGAGCUUACGCUUAAAACCCCGGAAUGUCUUACUUGGAUCGAAAGCGUGUGCGGGUUUAUGAUUGGCUGUAACAUCUGGAACUUUGCGAUGCAAUUCAAGAUUGUGAAUUGCAGCAAAACCAGCGGAUGACAGGCAGCCACUAAUGAAAACGAGCUGCCAAACCCAGCACGCUGCAAAAGUCAGUUUUGCUGGGUAGGGCGGCCUUAGGCGCCUGUUGAAACUGAAGUGAAUCAAAACAAGUCUCAGUGUGCACGUGUUUAAAAAAAAAAAAUCAUUACAACAAUGCAAACGGCAGUCUGAGGGGGUCUAAAACAUACGCUGACAGAAAAUACAGACAGGGACUCUUCAACAGGUCGGGCAGGGGUAUGAGAAGCUUGUAUAAGACAAUCAUUCAACUGAGAAAUUCAGUUUUGUUUUGUUUUUAUCUCUAUGACCACUAGAAAUUCCAUGACGAGCUUUCUUGUAUCCUAAUUAUGUUUGAGCAAGAUGUGACUAAAAAAAUAUAUAUAUACCAACACAAUAUCUAUAUGGGGUUGCGAUCACUUCCAUAUAACUUCAGUUUGAAUGUGAAUGGUUCAUUCUGAACCCAAGAGGGUGUGUGCACUUGUGCAACCAUAUUACCACAUUGUUUAUUUUUACUUCCCCUCUCUGAAUUCUUGUGCUUUCCGCUCCCUUUAUUAGAUUAACGGUGAAAAAGGGACAAUUUUGUGUCAUUUUUAUUAGAUAACAAACUUGGCAUUUGAACAGGGGUGUGUGGACUUUUUAUAUCCACGGCAUCUACGCCGCCACAAACGAUAUAUCGUCAUGGGCAGACCAAUGAAUUAAAUGCGCGUUGGAGUGGCCGAGUUGUGACUUUUCCUUGGUGAAAUAUAUAUAAUGUGGUUUUGCUCAGUCAAAAGGUUCGGUACACUGUACUGCUCGAGUGAAUGGCAUUCUCAAGUCCCGCCCCCGCUCCCUACCCCGGAGAUGCCGCCUGUCAAUCAACGCGAAAACAGCCCCGCCCACCUUCUCCCCCUCUGACAGUCAGACGGGAAGCCGGCCACAGACUCGCCCUUUACAGCUGCGCAACUUCAAACUCGAUGACAUCACGCGCCGUCAGCAACGGACAAAGGGGGCAAAAUGUGAGUGAUCGGAAAGACAUAACGCCGCUGGAUAAAAGUAGUUGCGAGAAGACUGCAAAGUUGUUUUCACUCUCGUUGAGACGCGUGCGCCAAAAUAGUGCGCGGUAAAGAGGACUGUCGGGGAGAACGUUUGGACACCAUGGUGGAUUAAAAGUGGACACAAAAGUGCGAUUUGACAGCUCAAAAGACGUUUUGUUGUUGUUUGCACGUUGCGACGCGUGUGUUUAAGUCCACCGGAGCUUUGACUCGAUGUCAUGGACAAGUCGGAGGACUGAAAGUGGGGACACGGAGGGGGCAGUUCUGUAGUUGAUGCCGACCCAGUUUGCGAGGCGGUGCGCGGUGACUAAUAAGCAACAGGUCCAAGCGGCUGCUGAAUUCAAUUUGUCUGGAGACUGCAGAAAGGCCAAGUAACGAGAAGCAUAUUUGAUUUCGCUACGCCGUAUGCGCGCGAGAGACGGAUUCCGGUGCGUCGAAGUUGCCCCGGCAACUCUUUCGGGACUUUGAAAAGAAAAAAAAACGUUUUUGACAAGGAAUUCAAUUGAGGAUGGGUGACCAUGCGGACGGCGGGGAGAACGUGAACCUGAGUGUGCUCAACUGGGAGCAAGUGCAGCGUCUGGAUGCCAUUCUGGCCGGUUCCAUCCCCAUCCACGGCCGCUGGAGCUUCCCCACGCUGGAGGUGAAGCCGCGCGACAUCGUCAAGGCGGUCCGCAGCCGAAUGGAACAAACGCACAUUCGCGUCCGCGAAGUGCGGCUCAACGGUUCGGCGGCCAGCUACGUGCUGCACGAGGACAGCGGACUGGGGUGGAAUGACCUGGACCUCAUCUUCUGCGCCGAGCUGAAGGGGGAGAAAGAAUUCCAGAUCGUCAAAGAUUUGGUGCUGGACUGCCUGCUGGACUUAUUGCCUGAGGAAGUGAAUAAGGAGAGAAUCACACCCUUGACGCUAAAGGAGGCCUACGUGCAAAAGAUGGUGAAAGUGUGCAAUGACACGGACCGCUGGAGCCUCAUCUCGCUGUACAACAACCGCGGCAAGAACGUGGAGCUCAAAUUCGUGGACUCCCUGCGGCGGCAGUUCGAGUUCAGCGUGGAUUCCUUCCAGAUCUGCCUGGACUCGCUGCUACUCUUCCACGAGUGCUCGGAGCACCCGAUGACCGCUUCUUUCCAUCCCACUGUCUUUGGCGAGAGCGUCUACGGUGACUUCCCCGUCGCCCUCGACCAUCUGCGCAAGCGCCUCAUCUGCACUAGGAGCCCCGAGGAGAUCCGGGGCGGGGGCCUGCUCAAGUACUGCCACCUGCUGGUGCGGGGCUUCCGCGCGGCCUCCGAUUCGGAGAUGAAACUCUUGCAGCGCUACAUGUGCUCGCGCUUCUUUAUCGACUUCUCCGACGUGGGCGAUCAGAAACGCAAGCUGGAGUCCUUCCUGCAGAACCACUUUGUGGACUUGGAGGACAGGAAGUAUGACUACCUGGCCGUACUGUACAAAGUGGUGCAGGAGAGCACCGUGUGCCUGAUGGGCUACGAGCUGCGGCAGACUCUCGGCCUCAUCUCCUCGCUGGCGUGGCGAGCGCUGGCCGAGCAGAACGCCAUCCCCAACGCCGCCAACGUCACCUGCUUUUACCAGCCCGCCCCGUACGUCUCCAACUGCAACUUCAGCAACUACUACGUGGCCCAGGUCCAGCCCCUCUUCGCUUGCCCACCCUCGCCGCCCCGACAUUACACCCCCCCCUCGCAGCAUCCCAUGCACGCCACCUGGCUGCCCUGUAACUAGAACCUGCACUACGGUCGUGCGCUCGAGGAAUUUCUCGGAAACAUGCAUUGCUUUGUUGUUCUUUCGUGGGUUGGCUUGAGUCAGGCCAGUGGUUCUCAAACUUUUCCCAAGAGCCCGCCCGAUUAAUCAGCAGGCCGAUUAAAUCAGAUGACAGUCGCUCUUCUAAAAUUGUCCAAAAUCCGUUAAAAAAAAAUCGUCCAAUUUUUGAUUCUUCUUCUUUUUUCCUAGGAAAAAAAUUGUAAAAACUACACUGGUUUGUUGAGAAAGGAGUGUCCCGGCUUCCAAGUUUUGAGAUACGAGUCAUAAUUUUGUCAGAUUUUAUUUUAUUAUUUUUUUGCUUUGAAUUGCGAGCGCAAACUCGAAAUUAGAGCGGUAACAAAAUGCCAUUGACGAGCUGAGAGUUAGCAUCGAGAGUUGCAGUUUUAGAAUCAAGGGAUGUUUGAACAUAAAUGGUGGAGCAACACAGACAGACAGUAUCAUACUCAGAGGCAUGAAUUUUGUAACCUUCGGAAAAUGACUGUUUCAGACUUCUUCUACUACUCUCAGAGUAGAAGAAGUCCGAGCCACUGGACAUUUAAUAUUUUCAAAAGACACAGCAACAGUCUGAACAUUUAACUCAGCGAGGAAGCACGCAGACCACUAAAACUGAAAAAAAAAGGGAAGGGUAAACGAGGACAAGGAACCCGUGUCAAAGAGCUGAUGCUUGUUUUUUUUUUUUUUUGUGCUUUCCCGACACUUGACCUUUUUGGCUACAGUACUCACGUUAGAGACUUAUGCAAAUCACAUCCUCUUUAAUGACAGACGAUUGAAUGAGAGGCUCGAGAUGUUGAGUCACGGUCAAAUCUAGCGGCGGGCUUUCUGUCAGUUACCAUGUGACACUUUUGAUAAUGCAAAAAAAAAAAACGGGAAGUAACUAUUUGCAAUUUGAUAAAGUCGACAAGAGAAACAACAAAGCAAUGCAUGCUUGAAUUCUUCCUCAGCAAGUAAUAAGUGCCUUAAAAAAAAGGGGGGGGGGUAUAUAUUUUUGCAUUUUCUGUGGGGGGAAGGGCGGUAGGGGUCAGUGGUAUAUAUGUUCAAUCAUGAAUGGAUUGCUUUACAAAGUUUACCGAUGCUGGGGGGGGGGGGGGGGGGGGGGUCAGGAUUUUUACACUGAGGCACCAAGCAAUUUUCGUGUUUUUAUUUUGGUAGUUCUAACUUCUCGUGUGAAACACAGGCCGAUUACCAGAGAGGAAGUAACAACAUCAUUGGACGGAGACGCAGAGAAUCAAAAGGAAGCGGUCGAGUGGUUUGAUAUAUGAAAAAAUGCUUACGCGAAUAAAAUGGAAGGGGGAAAAACAAGGCAUUUCAGAUGGUUUCAUUUCUUAUCAACUGGGUCGAGUCGGCGGCGAAAUGCUGAGGUGGACAAAAUAAAAGCCAUUCUCCACUCACA